AUGGUGCACGUCUCUAGUGGUGAUGACAGUAAGGAGAAGGGGAAGCACCGGAUGAUCAUCGAUGCCACGGCGGGCGCCAUUGCGGGAUGCAUCGCGCGCGUGAUCACCGGACCGCUGGACGUCAUCAAAAUUCGCUUCCAGGUUCAAUUGGAACCCAUUAUGGGAGCUUCCGCCCAGGCCCAGGCGGGGCUCCGGUCCAAGUACACGGGAUUCCGCCAGGCAUUGACCACCAUUGUCCGGGAGGAAGGCGUACCGGGUCUGUGGCGCGGCACGGUGCCCGGGCUUCUGCUCACAGUGCCGUACACUGCCGUGCAAUUCGUGGCGUUGCAGCAAGUACGGCAGGCGGCAGCGGCGUACGGCCUGACAGGUAUGUAUUCGAACCCCGGGUCGAGCCCCCUGAUCUCCCUGGCCAGCGGCGCCCUGGCGGGGGCGGCAGCCACGGUGGCCUCCUACCCCUUCGACCUGCUGCGCACCACUCUGGCAGCUCAGGGGGAACCCAAGGUGUACCGCAACAUGUGGGAUGCGGCUCGCGGUAUCGUAUCACAGCGUGGACCCGUGGGUCUGUACAGCGGCCUGGGAGUGACGCUAAUCGAGAUCAUGCCGUACGCAGCCCUCCAGUUCGGACUGUACGACGCACUCAAUGCGCUGGUCGACGAGGCGCGGAUUCGCUACCAGCGCGACUCCAGUCGCGUCCAGGCGUUCGCGUGCGGGCUGCUGGCGGGUCUGUUCGCCAAGCUGGCUACCCACCCUCUGGAUGUGGCCAAGAAGAGGUACCAGGUGGCAGGGUUGCGGAGGUCGCUCAGGUACGGCGCACGUGUGGAUGCAGGCUUCGCUAUGCGGACCCUGGCUCAGAGCCUGUCGUACAUUUACCGUACGGAGGGGCUCAUGGGGCUUUGGAAGGGCAGCGUGCCCUCCAUUGUCAAGGCUGCGCCCUCCGCAGCGAUCACUUUUGCGGCGUACGACGCCGUACUUGCCUGGCUGCUUGUCGUAUCGGGCGAGCACAUCCGCGAGCAACAACAGCAACAACGACAAUCGCCCAAGCAGUCAUCUAGGUAG